AUGUUGGAAAAUCGGGUGUUGCGCUACACUUUUUAUAGCCUGACUGCAGGCAUAUCGACAGUGUUGUUGUCAGAAAUUGUAUAUCGUGGCUAUUUGUACGUGCGCGAACGAUUGUGGCGUCGCGAUGCAUCUGACGACGAAGUGGCCGAAGUCAUCUGGACGAAUGAGCUGACACAAGGUUGUGCAGGUGGACACAUACUGAAAUCUCCAUCCGAGCGCAAGAGCCCUACGCAAGAGAGCCCUACAAGUGGCAUGGUCGAGAAUGGGCAUAUUGCCAAACUACCAACUCCAACUGCAAGUGCUAGUCCUUCGUGUAAAAAUCGCUUUUGUGCUGCUAACAAUGUCGGGCGACUAAUUUCGUUAAUUGAUAAAUCAAAAUAUACAAUUGAUCUGGCCAUGUAUACGUUUACAUCCUACGAUCUGUCGCAGGCAUUUCUGCGAGCUAUUCGCAGAGGAGUGUCUGUGCGCAUCAUAAGUGACAACGAAAUGGUGUACUCCAGUGGCUCACAGAUUAUAGCAUUGACGAAGGCAGGUGUACCAGUUCGCUGUCCUUUGACCACAAUGCUGAUGCAUCAUAAAUUUUGCCUACUUGAUGGUCCGAAGCGCGCCCGCUCUGUUUUAGCCAACGUCGGCAAAACUUAUGAUUCAAAAAAUGUUAAGGGCAUCGUCAUGUCAGGCUCAUUAAACUGGACGAUGCAGGGCUUUGGUGGUAACUGGGAAAACAUUGUAAUCAGCUCGAAUAAAAUGCUGUUGGAACAAUUCGAGGAUGAAUUUCAACGCAUGUGGUUGGCAUUCGCACCACGAACAAAUUCCUAAACAACGAACUGGAAAGAUCUCAAAUCAACUAUCAAGUACAAUAUCAAACGCUUUAAUUAUAUAUUAGUGAUCAAGUGAAUUCCAUUAAUUUAAAAUAGUGUUAUUGUGU